AUGUCUUGGCAGGAAAUAAAGGAUUUUGAUGUUCCAUUAUAUCUACCACUAGCAUAUAGCAAUAGAGUUCAUAAGCUAUGUCUACUACCGAACGGGCUUCUGACGCUUUUAAUUUCAGAUCCUGCUGAUACAGUAACUUCCUGUUCUUUAUCAGUAGCCAGUGGAUCACAUAAUGACCCUAAAGAUAUCCAAGGUUUAGCUCAUCUAUGUGAGCACAUGAUCUUAGCUGCCGGUUCGAAGUCAUAUCCGGAUCCGGGAUUGUAUCAUGAAACUCUAAGUAAAAAUAAUGGGGUACACAAUGCCUUUACAACAGGAGAGCAGACAACAUUUUAUUUUGAAGUUCCAAAUGUACAUCAUGGUGGCGAAUUGGUUUUUGACGAGAUACUUGAUAUAUUUGCAUCAUUUUUCAAAGAACCGUUAUUUAACCCUUUAUUGACCAAUAAGGAAAUAUAUGCAAUCCAGAGUGAACAUGAUGGAAAUAUGUCUUCUGUAACCAAGAUUCUUUAUCAUGCAACUAGAAUGCUUUCAGAUCCUGGACAUCCAUUUAGUCAAUUUUCGACUGGGAAUAUGAACACGUUGGCAAGCAUACCCAAGCUCCAGGGUGUCAAUCUUCAAAGGACUUUAUUUCAAUACUUUAAAAAAAAUUACUAUGCCUCUAAGAUGACUUUAUGCUUGAGAGGGCCCCAAUCAGUGAAUAUUUUAACAAAAUAUGCUUUAUCAAAAUUCGGGGAUAUCAAAGAAAAUACAGCACUUACAAGAAGUAGGUUUGGUUCUAUGAGUUCUAUUUCGACCAAAAGAUCUUCAAAAAGUUCUACAGAGAAUCAUAGCACCAAGAAUGAUCUGGAAAGUUUUAAUAUUUUAGAGGAGUCUUGGCGACAAAAAUAUUGCGACAUUCCGUGCUUCCCCGAGAUCUCUAAAGAAAAUAUGAUUUUUAUUAAAUCAAGCAAACAACCAACUUUAAGGAUACUUUUUCCAGUAACGGAUAAUAAAACCAGAUUUACAAAGGGAGAAAUUAAAAUAUUUGGAGACUUAUGGUGUGAAUUGUUUGGAGAUGAGACAAAGGGCUCUCUUUGCUAUUAUCUGGUUGGCAAAAGUUGGAUAACUAGUUGCUAUGCUUAUACCUCUUCCUUUGCGUUAGGAAAUAUUGGUCUAAUUAUAGAGCUUACUUUAACUAGUACAGGAUGGGAAAAUUCUGAUACAAUUAUAGAAAUUGUUCUAGGAAAGUUGGUAGAAACUUUUUCUGAACAAUAUGUCCAUGAGUUAGCUAAUUUUAUGGAGGACCAAAAUAGCAUCGAUCUGAUACGAUUUCUUUAUCAAGUACCGAAGAAAAAUCCAAUGGAAGAAUGUUCUAAUUUAAGCGAGUUAUUACAGAAUGAUUUGAAGGCUCCAAAUAUGGCGUACAUAUUUAAGGGCUCACCUCCAAUAACAGAUAUGCACGAAGGUAAUGUUGGUGGCAUCAAUAGCGAACAUAAUCAAGAAUGGUGGAUUGAUCAAGCUAUCAAAUUUCAAUCGUUUAUGAAGAAAUUCAUGAAUUCUUCAAAUGCCAGAGUAAUUUUACUAGGCUCCCUUGAACGAAUUCCUGAGUUAUUCAAGAAGGAAAUCCAAAACACGCUAACGACAGAGCCUUUUUAUGAAUUUGAAUAUAAAAUAAGUACCAUAAACCUCAAGGCUUCUCAAAGUGUUAACACUUACGAAUUUUGCAUUCCUCACAAAAACAAAUUUAUACCGUCAGCCUGUAAAGGUGAUGGCGUUCUAGAACAAUUAUUUUUGGAAUCAUCGUUAAAAUCCCAAUAUUCCAAUUUACAUCUUCAAAUAAAUAGUAUGUCUUUUGAAAAUAAGCCUCAAUUAGUAGGCCGAAAUCAGCGAUACGAAAUGUGGACACUUAAGGAAGAUCUCAACUCAAUAAUGGAUCUCAAAUCGAUCGUGUCAUUUGAAGUUUUAUCUACUGAUAUGAAAGGAUCUCCAGAAAAUACUAUACAUUUGGAAAUAUUAAAUCAAAUAAUAUUCACACUAAUCUCCCCACAACUAUAUCCAGCAAUUAAAUUAGGAUACUUUUAUGAAAUAUCUGCUUCUAGUAAAGGUGACGUUCAACUAAGAUUUACCAUAGGAGGAUUUUCGGAAGGUAUCUUAAUGUUGAUUGAAAUUAUUAUCAAAACAAUAAUUUUUAUAACGACUACGCCUGAUUUCCCCUCUAAAGAAUUAUUAAGAAGGGCAAGGGUUCUAGUGAGGAGUAAUUAUGAAAAUGCUGCAGCAGAUAAUUGCGUGAAAUUGGCAAGUCUUGGCCUUUUAAUAGUUCUAGAAGAAAAUAUGUGGUCUUUAGAAGAUAGGAUUGAUGCACUAGAAGACGUAACUAUGGCGUCUUUUAAAGAGUUCUGUCAAUCAUUUUUAAAUGGUUCCAAAUAUCUAACUCUUUUUAUUCAAGGCAAUUUGUCGUAUGCGGAUAAAAUAAAUCAAUUUUUAAAUUUAAAUUUUACUAAACAUUUGGAUAUUAAUAAAGACACAUCUCUACCAUUGAAUGCACAUACUUCAACUCACAUAUUAAAGCCUGGUACAAAUAUAUUUGCCGAAUAUCCAGGCCCCCUCGACGAUCCAAAUAAUAGUAUCGUCUAUUUCAUACAGACAGGUCUUCGGUCAGAUACCGAUUUGUGCACUUUAACCUCCUUUACUGAGUACAUUAUGUCCUUGACGUUAGUUCCUGAAUUAAGAAACAAGAAACAAAUUGGAUACCUCGUCAUGGGUGGAUUGCGUGUCCUCACUGAUACAAUUGGGGUAUACAUUACGGUAAUGUCAGGGAGCGAACCUAUAGAUUUGGAAUCAAAAAUUGAUGAAUACAUUGCAUUUAUUGAGAAUGGAGUGCUGAAUCGUUUAACUGAAGCUACUUUCGAACGAGAAUAUAAGCAAGCAUAUCUAACUUUGUUAGGAGAUAACAACCAAAAUAAAGGAGGCAAAUUGAGUGGGCCUGCUAACUUAUUAAAUGAAAUUGUACCGAAUGUACAAGUUGGAAGUUCGGACCAACUUAACAGCACUUCAAUGAAGCUUCACCGUCGAUUCAGAAAUCAAAUAUCAGACAAACAAUAUAAUUUUACUGAUGAAGAACUUCAUAUAGAUAUCCCUUUGAUUGAAAAGUUGACAUUGUCAUCGUACUUAAAUUUUUUUAAAGACAAGAUAUCCAUUUUCUCACCAACUCGAUCCAAACUAUCAAUUAUGAUAACGAGCUCAAUGGCUGCUAAGGAUAUCAUUAAUCGUAAAACUUAUCUACAACUGGAAGCAUUUUUGAAAAUCAAAGGCUUCACUAUAAAAAAGGAAAAAUUGCAAGAGAUAGUGGACAGCGCAGAUGGGAACUCUUCCUUACUAAUCAAGAAUCUAUUUAACUAUUUCCGAUCUCGUAACGAAGGUUGGAAGCUUUGUACGGUGGUAUUAAAGGAAGUAGUAAAAAUGUCAAUUACUAGUUUGAAACAGCACUACAAUUGGAGUUUGUCAACAAAAAAAGAAGAUAAAGAUAAAAGUGUAGAUUGGAAUGGUCCUGUGUCAUCAACGGUGGAAUUGAAAAAGGUAGCCAGACUGACCGAGCUGCCAACAUAUUGUAUUUCCUCUGUGGCCAAUUAA